CUCAAAAAAAGAGCUUGAAAAAUAUUGAAUUUGUAUCAAGUUCAAAUAAACGAGGAGAACAUUUGUCUAAACUAUUCAAUGAAAUUCUACAGCAAGUGUUUUACAAGGUUCCAUAUGGGACACCAUUUGAUGAAGCAAGAACAUCAAGCAAAUCAAUUACAAAGAGAGACAUGAAUUCAGAAAUUUUCAUCAAAGGAACCAGUGUUCCUGGGUAUUCUACUGCACCAAGGUUUCUCCUUGGCAGCAUGGACAGAAUUUCUAUUAAUGGUCACAAUUCAGAGAAGAGGGAUAAAGAAUCCUCUCUCUCCAACAGGGAUGUAAAUGAGCCAUUUUCUGCUAUAGAUAAAGAAACACUUGAAGCAGUUAGGACAGGUGUUCAAAAUAAGAACGUACCAUGUGCGCAGCUUCUGCAGUUCCUCCAGAGGAACAUCAUCAUUGCUGCUGCCUCAGUGGCAGGAGUCCUUGUGGUCACAGUGUUGCUGCUGCUGGCCUUGACCACAUGCAUCAGGAGGAAACAACUAUCACAUUCUCCAGCGAACAUGACAUAUAAUAUUUUUAUUCUGAAUGGGAAGACUUGGUGGCAGAAGUUUCAAGAAAAGAACCCCAGAAAACACAGUGAUAAACAGAAACGGUUGUUGAAGAGCAAAUCCCGUGUCUAAGCCAGCUAGUGGGGCCAGCCAAACCAGGACUGGAAGCUGUGAGGCCAGGCAGUUCUCCACCUGGACACCACGGAGAGGCAUUUGGAUUUCUGGCUGUGAGGUGUGCUCUACAAAAUGUUGACCUUCUCCUGUCAAUCUCAAAUGGACCAAGACACAAAUGUUGUACCACAGGAUGCUUAUAGUGUGGUAUGGCUCUAAUGGCUAGUGCAGGAGACACAGUACAUUUACCCAAAGACAAACCUGACCAACUACCGAUUUAUUUAUUUAUUAAAGCAUCGGUUCUCUGAUUCA